UUGUGUUUUAUUUCAUUGUAAGGCUGGCGAGGAGCGGAACUCUGUCCAGACAAUACACGUUCUAUAAGGCUUUGUCUUACGUUAAUAACGUCCAGAAAGAGGGUUUGCCCUAUGGUGUUUUGCCCUUCUUGAUGUUUGCCCUCUUUUAUUUUUCUUAAAAAAGUGUUCCAUCUCUCUAUAUUUUUUAUUUAAAAACACCUUUUAUUUUCAGAAUUAAAUUUUCAAUUUAAAUAAUGGCUUCAAUUUCUUGCCUUAAUCCAAAUGCUGAACUUGCUCGGAAUACAGCUGCACUUGAAAUGAACAUUAGCGGUGCUAAAGGACUCCAAGAAGUUAUGAAAUCGAAUUUGGGACCUAAAGGAACACUCAAAAUGUUAGUCUCUGGCUCUGGCGAUUUGAAGGUUACCAAAGAUGGAAAUGUUCUUUUACAUGAAAUGCAAAUUCAACACCCAACAGCUUCAUUAAUCGCAAAAGCAUGUACUGCACAAAAUGACGCAACUGGGGAUGGAACGACUUCUACGGUUUUAUUAAUUGGAGAAUUGUUGAAACAAGCUGAACUUUAUAUUAGUGAUGUGAGGUUUUUUUAUACUUUCGGAGGUUUAUAGGCUCAAAUGACUCUCCACUCAAAAUUUUUGUGCAACCAUUUUUUGUCCAGCCUAGAUUCUGGCACAGAAUAGGUCGAAUCUAAACCCGGACUUUUUUCCGAUCCUAAGUAAAUUUUGAAACCCGACCAGC